AGUCUCUUCUACAUCGCAAUCGCGAGAGCAAAUUGGAAGCAAACGAGAGUUUUGUCUGCGCAUGUGUCCCUACCUGUGAGAAGUUUCAGUUGUGUAUACUUGUGAGUAUAAACACCUCAGUCAGGACACCUCGAAAUUCAGGCAGGUUAUGAUUUGGCAGAAAAUUUAACGAAACGCAAGAAUAAUCUCAUCUCAUCGUCGUAUAUUAUUUCUUUUAACAAACGGAUAUUAUCGAUCUCUGCUGCGAUCCGAAAGAACUGACAGAAAUGAACGUAAAAGUGGAAGAAUGCAACAACAGUAAGCGAGACAAGAAAGAUGUGACAAAAAAGAAUAUAAUAGAAAAUAUAAUUAAACAAAUUACUCCACAAGAUUAUGGACUGUUAGUAUAUUCAGAAGAUUCGGGAAUUAAAAUUACAGGACAAAAGAUUUGCCAGUGUUUGAACAAUCUAUACGAGAUCCGCGAGGUAACAUCACCCACUCUCGCUCAAACGUAUCUAGUUGAAGUUUUAGUGCACUCCGUUAAAUAUGAGGAAGUAAAACAGUUUCUCUAUAAAUAUAAAUUUCUGACAUUAGUGAGACAUCUGUUGCUCAAUAAACCAACGCCGUUUUGUAAGGACAAAGUUGUAGAAAUUCUCUCUAUUCUUUGCCAAGUUAAGGUGAACCAAACAAAACCUGACUACGUGGUCGAAAUGAUUGAAAGGAUUGGAAAAGACCAUAAGUUAGUUAACGAACUUACGUUUUGUUUGAAGAAUGAUCAGAUCAAAUCCUUAGUAAAACAUACUCUCGAAUUUUUAUAUUCGGCAGCGCUCGUCGUAAAAAUGAGACCCACAUCGAAAUGGAUUGUUUACUUUAAAAGUGGUACUUUCAUAUAUUCUAUAAUCUACUUAAUGAGAAUCUACGACAAAGUUCAUCUCUUAACGUUGAUAUUAGCCAUACUCGUGAUAUUAUCAGAAACAAUCUCGACGGAAGCUUCUUCUCACAAUUCGUUAGUACUGAAAGAUAUUUUUAACAUGCAAGAAUUGAUUCGUAUUUUGUACAACAUGAAGUAUUUCCGCACAAUUAACUAUGAUCCCGCACGGCAUUUGGAAUUCUACUACAAUUGGCUGACACUAGUUAAUAAUAUAAAACAAAAGAAUUUGUUUGUAUUUGAUUUUUCUAAUCUUCAUCACGUACGGAACAUAUACGGUCACGUAGAAACAAUACUCGACUUUUUUGAAAAAGCACUCAGAAUGAUAAUCAAAAGCGACACAAAACAAUUUACUGCAAUGUUGUUGAAAUUAUUGAACCAUACUAUUGUUGUAGAAAAAUGCAUGAUACUAGCAACAGAAUUUAAGAAAUGUAAAAUUCCACUUCUGACCAAUCUGCAGAUAACAUGCGGAAUUGAACAAAAAUUUCUUACAAUACGUGUCUUAUUAGAUGUAAUAGAAGAUAAUCUUCUUUUCAAACUAGAAAACUUGGAUGGAGAUAUAUUAUUUGAAGCUGUGUCAGAUGAUGUAUAUAAUCUUGCGGAAAGUUUGAAUCGAUAUUUUGACGACGUCAUAAGAGAGCACUCUAAUGAUUACUAUGCUCUUUACAAUAUAUUGUAUCAGUGGAUAGAAAAUGAACGGAAUCGAACUGUUACACAGGAUCAAAUUCUUCCACAGAAUCCAAUCGUUACACAAGUACAGGUGAUAGAAUACUUACAUCAAGUAGAAGCAUAUAUCUCAUAUAUAACAGAAAACGUUAGGAAUAAUCCACUGUCACGAAUACUUGAUGCAGCACUUAAUGCAGUAAAGAAGACAAUUGAAGAAUAAAUCGUCUUAACUCGAUUGUUGCGUAAUCGUGUAUUUGGUUACGUAUAGGCAGUGGCGUAAAUGCCUUUACAAAUAAAGUUGUAGUUUUUUUUUCAUUGUUUUGAUUGAUAUUAUUGAGGCAUUAUUGGCGCAGCUUCAUGUGACACUUACGUGACACUUACACGAUUUUAAUGUAACAAAAUUACUAUAUAUUGUAUCCACAAAUAGUAUCUUAUUGUACAAUUCGAACGAAUAGAACAGAUUUAGAAUAAAGUGCAAGA